CGGCGGCGGCGGCGGCGGCGGCGGCGGCGGCUGCGGCAACGGAGCCCGGAACAUGGCGGCGGCGGCGCGCAGCUUCGGGCCCGAGCGGGAGGCCGAGCCGGCCAAGGAGGCGCGUGUCGUGGGCUCUGAGCUCGUGGACACGUACACGGUUUACAUCAUCCAGGUCACCGAUGGUAGCCAUGAAUGGACAGUCAAGCACCGCUACAGCGAUUUCUAUGAUCUACACGAAAAGCUGGUUGCAGAAAGGAAAAUUGAUAAAAAUCUGCUUCCGCCUAAAAAGAUAAUUGGGAAAAACUCAAGAAGUUUGGUGGAAAAAAGGGAGAAGGAUCUGGAGGUCUACCUGCAGACACUCCUGGCCACCUUCCCUGGCGUGGCCCCCAGUGUGCUGGCCCACUUCUUACAUUUUCAUUUUUACGAGAUAAAUGGAAUCACUGCAGCACUGGCUGAGGAGCUCUUUGAAAAAGGAGAACUGCUCCUGGGGGCCGGCGAGGUCUUUGCCAUCGGGCCCCUGCAGCUCUAUGCGGUCACCGAGCAGCUGCAGCAGGGAAAGCCCACGUGUGCCAGUGGGGAUGCCAAGACCGACCUCGGGCACAUCCUGGACUUCACUUGUCGCCUUAAGUACCUUAAGGUUUCUGGCACAGAAGGACCUUUUGGGACCAGCAACAUUCAAGAGCAACUCCUGCCUUUUGAUCUGUCAAUAUUCAAGUCUCUUCAUCAGGUGGAGAUUAGUCACUGUGGUGCCAGGCACAUCCGGGGACUAGUUGCGUCAAAGCCCACCUUAGCCACAAUGAGCGUCCGCUUCUCUGCCACCUCUAUGAAGGAAGUCCUUGUUCCCGAAGCGUCAGAAUUUGAUGAGUGGGAGCCAGAAGGCACGGCCCUGGAAGGCCCUGUUACCGCUGUCAUUCCCACGUGGCAGGCACUGACCACCCUAGACCUGAGCCACAACAGCAUCUCCGAGAUCGACGAGUCUGUGAAACUGAUUCCAAAGAUUGAGUUCCUGGACCUGAGUCACAAUGGAGUGCUGGUCGUGGACAAUCUGCAGCACCUGUACAAUCUCGUGCACCUGGACCUGUCCUACAACAAGCUCUCCUCCUUGGAAGGGGUGCACACCAAAUUGGGAAAUAUUAAGACCCUGAACCUGGCUGGAAACCUGCUGGAGAGUCUGAGUGGCCUGCACAAGCUCUAUUCCCUGGUCAACCUGGACCUCCGUAACAACAGGAUCGAGCAGAUGGAGGAGGUCCGGAGCAUCGGCAGCCUCCCGUGUCUGGAGCAUGUGGCUCUGUUGAACAACCCCCUGAGCAUCAUUCCUGACUACCGCACCAAAGUGCUGGCUCAGUUCGGAGAGAGAGCCUCCGAGGUCUGUCUGGACAGCACAGCCACCACAGAGAAGGAGCUGGACACUGUGGAAGUGCUCAAAGCAAUUCAGAAAGCCAAGGAGGUCAAGUCAAAGCUGAACAACCCAGAGAAGAAGAUCAGUGAGGAUUCCCGACUCUCAACGGCCCCCUGCAUCCGAUCCAGCGGCUCCCCUCCCAGCGUGGCUCCCACCUCUGCCUCCCUGCCCCAGCCCAUCCUCUCCAACCAAGGUAUCAUGUUCGUUCAAGAGGAGGCCCUGGCCAGCAGCCUCUCCUCCACCGACAGUCUGACUCCCGAGGACCGGCCCAUUGCCCGGGGAUGUUCUGAUUCCUUAGAGUCCAUCCCUUCAGGACAGGCACCUUCUGAUGAUUUACCGGACAUGCCAGGAGCUGUUGGUGGUGUGAGCCCGGAGCAUGCAGAGCCGGAGGUCCAGGUGGUGCCCGGAUCUGGCCAGAUCAUCUUCCUGCCCUUCACCUGUAUUGGCUACACAGCCACCAACCAGGACUUCAUCCAGCGCCUGAGCACACUCAUCCGGCAGGCCAUUGAGCGGCAGCUGCCCGCCUGGAUAGAGGCUGCCAACCAGCGGGAGGAGGGUCAGGGCGAGCAGGGCGAGGAUGACGACGAUGAUGAGGAGGAUGCCGCUGAGAACCGCUACUUUGAAAUGGGGCCCCCUGAUGUAGAGGAAGAGGAGGAGGGUGGCCGGGGGGAGGAAGAGGAGGAGGAGGAGGAGGAGGAGGAGGAGGAAGGCGAGGAGGAGCGCCUGGCCUUGGAGUGGGCCCUGGGUGCAGAUGAGGACUUCCUGCUGGAGCACAUCCGCAUCCUGAAGGUGCUCUGGUGCUUCCUGAUCCACGUGCAGGGCAGCAUCCGCCAGUUCGCCGCCUGCCUCGUGCUCACUGACUUCGGCAUCGCUGUCUUCGAGAUCCCGCACCAAGAAUCAAGGGGCAGCAGCCAGCACAUCCUCUCGUCCCUACGCUUCGUCUUCUGCUUCCCCCACGGUGACCUCACCGAGUUCGGCUUCCUCAUGCCGGAACUGUGCCUGGUGCUGAAGGUGCGGCACAGCGAGAACACACUGUUCAUCAUCGCCGACGCCGCCAACCUGCACGAGUUCCAUGCCGACCUGCGCUCGUGCUUUGCGCCGCAGCACAUGGCCAUGCUGUGCAGCCCUGUGCUCUACGGUAGCCACACCAGCCUACAGGAGUUCCUCCGCCAACUGCUCACCUUCUACAAGGUGGCGGGUGGCUGCCAGGAGCGCAGCCAGGGUUGCUUCCCCGUCUACCUGGUCUACAGCGACAAGCGCAUGGUGCAGACUGCCGCCGGGGACUACUCGGGCAACAUUGAGUGGGCCAGCUGCACCCUCUGCUCGGCCGUGCGGCGCUCCUGCUGUGCGCCCUCUGAGGCCGUCAAGUCCGCCGCUAUCCCCUACUGGCUGCUGCUCACACCCCAGCACCUCAAUGUCAUCAAGGCCGACUUCAAUCCCAUGCCCAACCGUGGCACCCACAACUGCCGCAACCGCAACAGCUUCAAGCUCAGCCGAGUGCCGCUGUCCACGGUGCUGCUGGACCCCACACGCAGCUGUACCCAGCCACGGGGCGCCUUCGCGGACGGCCACGUGCUGGAGCUGCUCGUGGGCUACCGCUUUGUCACUGCCAUCUUUGUGCUGCCCCAUGAGAAGUUCCACUUCCUGCGUAUCUACAACCAGCUACGGGCCUCAUUGCAGGACCUGAAGACUGUAGUCAUUGCCAAGACCCCUGCGACUGGGGCCCGGUCCCAGAGCCCCCUCGUGGAAGGCCAACCUCCCGAGGACAGGGCCAGCAAUGACCAGCAUCCUCAGGAGGUCCUAGUAGAGGCUCCAGCUCCAAUGCCAGCAGAGGCUCUAGCCCCAGCCACAGCAGAGGCUCCAGCCCCAGCAGAAGUUCCAGCUCCAGUCCCAGUGCCAGCAGAGGCUCCAGCUCCAGUCCCAGUGCCAGCAGAAGCACCAGCCCUGGCUCUGGCCUCAAUGGAGGUCCCAGCCCCGGCCCUGGAAGAGGCUGUGGGCCCAGCAAAGGCCUCAGGCCCAGUGGAGGGCCUGCUUCCAGAUUUGGCCCCAACAAUGGCCUUGGCCUCAGAGGAGACCCCAGCAGACACCUCAGCCCCAGCCCCAGCCGAGCCUCUGGUGCAAGCGGAGGCCCCUGCUCAUUACCCAAGUGAGCACCUGAUCCGCUCCACGUCGGAGGAGAAUCAGAUCCCCUCACACCUGCCUGCCUGCCCAUCACUCCGUCACAUCGCCAGCCUACGGGGGAGCACCAUCAUCGAGCUCUUUCACAGCAGCAUUGCCGAGGUUGAAAACGAGGAGCUGAGGCACCUCAUGUGGUCCUCAGUGGUGUUCUAUCAGACCCCGGGGCUGGAGGUGACCGCCUGCGUGCUGCUCUCGACCAAGGCUGUGUACUUCGUGCUGCAUGAUGGCCUCCGCCGCUACUUCUCAGAGCCGCUGCAGGAUUUCUGGCAUCAGAAGAACACUGACUACAACAACAGUCCCUUCCACAUCUCCCAGUGCUUUGUUUUAAAGCUCAGCGACUUGCAGGCUGUCAAUGUUGGGCUUUUCGACCAGUAUUUCCGGCUGACGGGCUCCUCCCCAGUGCAGGUGGUCACCUGCUUAACACGGGACAGCUACCUGACACACUGCUUCCUCCAGCACCUCAUGGCUGUGCUCUCCUCACUAGAGCGCACACCCUCACCUGAGCCUGUCGACAAGGACUUCUACUCUGAGUUUGGGAACAAGACCACAGGGAAGCUGGAAAACUAUGAGCUGAUCCACUCGAGCCGCGUUAAGUUCACCUACCCCAGUGAGGAGGAGAUCGGGGACCUGACAUUCACUGUGGCCCAGAAGAUGGCUGACCCAGAGAAGGCGCCGUCCCUCAGCAUCCUGCUGUAUGUGCAGGCCUUCCAGGUGGGCACCCCGCCCCCGGGGCGCUGCAGGGGCAUGCUGCGCCCCAAGACACUCCUACUCACCAGCGCUGACAUCUUCCUCCUGGAUGAGGACUUUGUCCACUACCCGCUGCCCGACUUUGCCAAAGAGCCACCGCAGAGAGACCGGUACCGGCUGGACGACGGCCGCCGCGUCCGUGACCUGGACCGCGUGCUCAUGGGCUACCAGACCUACCCACAGGCCCUUACCCUCGUCUUUGACGAUGUGCAGGGCCAUGACCUCAUGGGCAGCGUCACCCUGGACCACUUUGGGGAGGUGCCAGGCGGCCCUGCCAGAGCCGGCCAGGGCCGUGAGGUCCAGUGGCAGGUGUUUAUUCCCAGUGCCGAGAGCCGUGAGAAGCUCAUCUCGCUGUUGGCUCGCCAGUGGGAGGCCCUGUGCGGCCGCGAGCUGCCUGUCGAGCUCACUGGCUAGCCCAGACCGCAGUGGGCCCUUGCCACCCGCAGUGUCUGGCCCUGUGUCCUCUCGGGACAGGAAGCAGGCUUUCUCUGUUCUUUUUAAAGUGAUUCUCCCCCCUCUUUGGCUACCUUCAUUGGACCGUCCUUGUGGAGAAUGUGAACAUAUGUGUUCAGUGACUUCUUUCCAGUACUGGGAGUGAAAGUGCCAGCCACCUCCAGGACUUCUGUGGCCAUCAGCCUCCCACGGGUCGGUUGCCUGCCCCUGGUGCCGUGUGGCCAGCACACCAGUGUCGUGUCUUCUGUUGUGGGACUGUUAUUAACACGUGGCACUGUGGGUCUGAUUUACUCUUCUGUGUGUCCUUCCCUGAAGUGUCUUGUCCAGUCAUGUGCUGUCAUUGUGGGCGUUCGCUGCUAAUCGUGAAACUGGUAGCAAAAUGCACAUCAGAAGCUCCGCCUCGUGCAGUUUUCCAAAGUGGAGACCUCUCCUGGCCCAGCCAAGUGGGAGAGCCCCUUGGGGGCAGGAGUCCCCAGGUCUUGGGGCUGAAAGGGGUGGUGGCAGGGGACCUAGAGCUGCCAGCACCGAGUGUGAUUCCUGUUGCCUGUUUCCUCUAUUCCAAUAAAGCAGAGUUUGACACAG